GUAGAAAGGAGGCCAUAUUGUACAGUUAAAUUGAAAGAACGAAAAUAAUUGUAUCUCUCGCCGUCGCGCCGAUCGCUCGCGCCCGCACCACCAUCGGUUCCCCCUGCCUGCGUUUCCUCCGUUAUCGUUCGCGAGCGACGGCGGAGAUUCCUUGCACGUUUUGCCUGCGUCUCCGUGUCGUGCAUCCGCGGCGUAGCCCCGUGAGAGAAUCGAGAGAGAUAGAGCAGCAGCGAGUACACGGGAGCCAAUCGGCGGCUCCUCGGCCUCGGCCUGCCCUUUGUAUAUAAGCCAUACGUCGUCGCAGUAGCGCGGUUCCGAUCCCGGGGGUAACUGACGUCGGCUCGUUAAGAGGUGCUUGUUGCUUGCUGCGAUCGAGAUGGGCACUCGGGACGACGAGUAUGAUUAUUUAUUUAAAGUUGUUCUCAUUGGAGAUUCUGGAGUAGGAAAAAGUAAUCUCUUAUCCCGAUUUACAAGAAAUGAAUUCAAUUUGGAAUCGAAGUCUACCAUCGGAGUUGAGUUUGCAACACGCAGUAUACAAGUUGAUGGUAAAACCAUUAAAGCCCAAAUCUGGGAUACAGCUGGACAAGAGCGUUAUCGUGCGAUUACCUCUGCAUAUUACCGCGGAGCAGUUGGUGCACUACUCGUGUAUGAUAUUGCGAAACACCUGACGUAUGAAAAUGUAGAAAGAUGGUUACGAGAAUUACGGGACCAUGCUGAUCAGAAUAUUGUGAUUAUGUUAGUGGGAAAUAAGUCAGACUUGAGGCAUCUGCGUGCUGUUCCGACUGACGAAGCUAAAGCAUUUGCCGAGAGGAACGGUUUGUCUUUCAUCGAAACAUCCGCUUUAGAUUCUACCAAUGUUGAGACGGCGUUUCAAAACAUAUUAACAGAAAUUUACAGAAUCGUAUCGCAAAAACAGAUACGAGACCCACCUGAAGGUGAUACAAUCCGGCCACAGAAUGUAGAACAAAUUGAAGUCAAACCAACGAUGAAUGCCGAGGGAAUGCGUAAGCAGUGCUGCCAGUGACUCACCUUGUUGCUUAAAAUAAGCAGUCAUACGGAGGAGAAAAAAGUGGGAGUACUAGUUGGCGGUAGAUAUAACAGGUGCAUAACAGAACGAGAGUUAAGACUAUGUGCGCAAGCAUGUAAUCUCGUAUGUUAAAAGAGAUUUUAUCCUUACCAUUGCGAGAGAGAACAUCCAUCAAUCCAUACACGAGAGUAUGCAUUACAUGUUCGUGUAAUAAUCAAGUAAGGAUAAGCGAUUAAAAAAAAAAAAGAUUGUACGA